GGUGUUUAUCAGCCAAGUGCAGCCUGAAUCGUGAGGAGCGGACGAUGGGGGGAAAAAUCCCACUCUUGUUUCCUUUUCUCCAGCAUCACCGUCAUUAACAUGUAGACCGGUGCGCGUCAAAGACCCGGAGCAUUUUGCUGUCAAGGAGAAUGUCAUUCUAAUUAUAGUUUUGAACAAAAAACAUUUUGGAUUAACCGCGGACUUGUUUUUGGACUAAAAAGGUUUCCUUAAUUUGUUUCCGCGCGUGUGUAAAUGUUUGACCGCAUUUAGCCUGAGUUUCUACCUUUUAGAGUGAACAGUGCGCCAGUCUUAUUUCUCAGGCUCAUUUCCAACGCUUGAGUGUGGGGAUUUUUGGGGAGUCUAUGUGGCUUUUGAAAGGAAUGCACCUUAUCCUAACGGGACGGAACGCACAGAGGAAUAUUGUCUGAGGUAGAAAAAAGCAGCGGAUGGGAUCCUUCCUGAACGGAGACAGACUUUGGACCGGACCACACUACUCCUAAUAUAAUCACUACAGCCACUGUACCGCUUCUUCUUCUUGCGCUGAUGUACACGGCCGUCUGCUCACCUCAGAAUUAUGGAAAUCCUCAUCACUGACUGGUUCGUUUACCUCACGAUAAGUGGAGCGUAAAGAUGACAUCUAUACUGUUUUCUUCUUCAUUGCAGUGGUUGUUGAGAGGGCCUUUGUGAGGAAUAUUUUCCAUCUUGUGAGGAAUAUUUCUCAGAUUUCCCUUUACCAAGCUGGAGGAAACUGAUGGCUACUACAUUUCCACUGGAUGGUUCGCACUGCCUGGAUUUUAAAAGGGAUCAUUAGCAAUCACGACCCUCAUCUGCUCCGGAGUUACCCACUUGCUACCGCCUCUGAGCGAAUGUGAUUUUUGUGUGAUUGUGUGUUUGUGGUUGCAUCUGCAUGGCGAAAGUGAGAGAGAGAUAGAAAAUAAGGAUUUUUUUUUUUACUCUGAAAGGACAAGAGAGUACUCAAACAAGUUGAAAACAAGGAGUAGCCACUAUGUCCCAGUGGAGGGACCGUACGAAGACUGGGUGUCGGCUACUUCAGACUACCAAGAGUGGGAGAAGGAUGAUGGGAUACGUAGGGCUUGUAGGUUCCUUUAGUGCCAGCUGGUGGGUGUCCUCUCUAAUAUGGCUGGGACUGCUGCUGCUGCAGGCACCUCCGGCUGCCGUGUCGGCUCAGAAACUCGACGAGAACGACCCCGUGGUGACCACCGUUUACGGCAAGCUGCGUGGUGUUAAGAAAGAACUCAACAAUGAGAUCCUGGGUCCUGUUGUGCAGUUUCUGGGCGUCCCGUAUGCUGCUCCACCCACUGGCGAGCGCCGCUUUCAGCCACCUGAGCCGCCGGUGUCGUGGCCGGAGAUCCGCAAUGCCACACACUUUUCCCCGGUGUGCCCUCAGAGCAUCGUGGAGGGCCGCCUGCCGGAUGUGAUGCUGCCAGUGUGGUUCACCAACAGCAUUGACGUGGUGUCCACAUACGUCCAGGACCAGAGCGAGGACUGCCUCUAUCUUAACAUCUAUGUCCCCACUGAGGAUGGUCCCCUUACAAAGAAACACACUGAUGAUUUAGGUGAUAGUGACCGCACGGACGACGAAGACAUUAGGGAGAGUGGAAGCCCCAAGCCGGUGAUGGUUUUCAUCCAUGGGGGCUCCUACAUGGAGGGAACUGGGAAUAUGUUUGACGGCAGCAUCCUGGCCAGCUAUGGGAAUGUGAUUGUCAUAACUGUCAACUACCGGCUGGGCGUCCUAGGGUUCCUGAGUACAGGUGACCAGGCAGCCAAAGGGAAUUACGGUUUGUUGGACCAGAUCCAGGCUCUGCGCUGGACCAGUGAGAACAUUGCAGCCUUCGGCGGCGACCCGUUACGUAUCACUGUGUUUGGCUCAGGCGCCGGAGCUUCCUGUGUCAACCUGCUCACGCUGUCUCACUACUCUGAGGGCAACCGCUGGAGCAACUCCACCAAAGGCCUGUUCCAGAGAGCCAUUGCCCAGAGUGGCACUGCUCUUUCCAGCUGGGCCGUCAGUUUUCAGCCAGCCAAGUAUGCCCGGAUGCUUGCCCGAAAGGUGGGCUGUAACCUGGAGGACACUGUUGAGCUUGUGGUGUGCCUUCAGAGAAAACACUACAAGGAGCUGGUGGAUCAAGACAUCCAGCCAGCCCGCUACCACAUCGCCUUCGGACCUGUUAUUGAUGGAGAUGUUAUCCCUGAUGAUCCUCAGAUACUCAUGGAGCAAGGUGAGUUCCUCAACUAUGAUAUUAUGCUGGGAGUAAACCAGGGCGAGGGCCUUAAGUUCGUCGAGCUUAUCGUGGACAACGAAAACGGUGUUCAGGCUAACGACUUUGACUACGCUGUGUCCAGCUUUGUGGAUGACCUCUAUGGUUAUCCAGAGGGUAAAGACAUCCUCCGAGAAACCAUCAAGUUCAUGUACACUGACUGGGCUGACAGGCACAACCCAGAGACUCGCCGAAAGACACUGCUGGCCCUUUUCACUGAUCACCAGUGGGUGGCACCAGCUGUCGCUACAGCAGACCUGCACUCCAGCUUUGGAUCACCGACAUACUUCUAUGCCUUCUACCACCACUGUCAAACGGAACAGGUACCGCCGUGGGCCGACGCAGCACAUGGCGAUGAGAUCCCAUAUGUGUUUGGCCUACCGAUGAUUGGACCAACAGAGCUGUUCCCCUGCAACUUCUCAAAGAACGACGUGAUGCUCAGUGCCGUGGUCAUGACAUACUGGACAAACUUUGCCAAGACAGGGGACCCAAACCAGCCUGUCCCCCAGGACACGAAGUUCAUCCACACCAAGCCCAAUCGCUUUGAAGAAGUGGCAUGGACACGCUACAACCAGAAAGACCAGCUUUACCUACACAUUGGCCUCAAGCCCCGGGUCAAAGAGCACUACCGUGCAAACAAGGUCAACUUGUGGUUGGAGCUGGUUCCUCAUCUGCACAGCCUCAACGAGGUCACCCAGCUCAUCCCCACCACCACCAAGAUCCCUCCUCCAGAGGCUACCAACCGCACCCCGAAGACAAAGGUUCUGGUGACCAAGCGCCCCAACCCGACUCCAUUCCCCACCGAGACCCAGGACAGCCACAACCAGCCACACCUGGUGGACCAGCGUGACUACUCUACUGAACUGUCUGUGACCAUCGCUGUAGGAGCCUCCCUGCUCUUCCUCAACAUUCUGGCCUUUGCCGCACUUUACUACAAGAAGGACAAGCGCCGGCAUGAUGUCCACAGGCGCUGCAGCCCCCAGCGUAGCGCCGCUAACGACCUGGCUCACACUCAGGAGGAGGAGAUCAUGUCCCUGCAGAUGAAGCAGCACUCUGACCUGGACCGGGACUGCAGGGGAGUGGGCGAUUCCUUGCACCCGCACGACAUGGUGUUGAGGACUGCCUGCCCGCCGGACUACACUCUGGCCAUGAGGCGCUCGCCGGACGACAUCCCGCUCAUGACGCCAAACACCAUAACCAUGAUCCCCAGCACCAUGGGGGGGCUCACCUCACUCCACUCUUUCAACACCUUCCCCAGCAGCGGGCAGAAUAACACCCUGCCCCAUCCGCACUCACACUCCACCACCCGGGUAUAGCCCUGUGGAUGUACCCACGCAGGCAGGACUCUGAUGGCUGAGGCAAAAUCUAACGCCACUGCUGUAGCAGAGACUUAAGGCCGACAUGCUGACAAACACAGAUAUGUCAGGAGCUGAAACGCCAGCCUGGAGUCGCCAGACACCCAUGGAAUUACACUGGGAUUGUCGACACCCUGUUAAUACCGGAGGGAAUAUAGUAAAGGGUUUUCUGGGGGGUUUGGACUUGAGGAAAAAAAAGUAUAAUUAUGUUUUUGUAGAAAAAUAAAAGACAAGAAGAAAAAAGUACAAAUUAUGAGUUAAAGGAAAAACAACCUCACAAGCUAAAACAAAGAGGAGGAUGUUUUUUAUUAUUAUUUUUGUUCUAAUAUUGCAGCAAAACAAGGUACAGUAAACUACUUUUUCUUUCUAGCGACAGAUAUGGCCUUCGGGAUCUUUUGACAAAUGACUACUUGACAGUAUUAUCUGGGAGCAGAACAGAGCAUCAGACACGCCUCGGAGGUGAGAAGAGGGGAGCACUUUGUAAAAGAAAGAAAACAUAUUGUUUUCCUUUGGCACUGCAGAUUACUGUGGGGCACAGAGUAGAUGCGGCGCAAACCAAUUUAGGCAUGUGUUAACUUCAUAAAUGGAGGCUAUGUAAGAUAAAACAAAAACAAUUGUUGAAUAGAGCGAAGGACUGAACUUAAAGGAAAAAAAAGAAACCCUGUAUGCACAAUGGAACCAUUUUGAGGAAAAAAAUGUCACAAAUACUUUUCAUCCAUUUAUUUUUGAGGAUCGGGAACAAUUUUAUUGUAUAGAACCUAUUUACAUAUCUAGAUCUGUACACUAAGCACCAAGGCUGUUUAAGCCCUCUUCUCUUGGGGGGCAUCUAUACUGCAAACCUGCCAGCAAGACUAAACCAGUGGGAAGUGAGGAUCCACCUACUGGCUUUCUGGCAGUUCCAACUUCAACACAGAGAGCUGGGGGACAAAGGAUAAUUGGAUAUUUUAGCACGAUGCGCAUGACAAUUUAUCUGCUUGAUGGCUGCUCUGCUGAUUAUGUCAUUAUUAAGAAUAAUUUUCAUCCUCUCCCUUGCAUUGGGGCAAUUUCAGAUGGAUUUCCUGAUUGGAUUGCAGGAAAACACACACCCUUGCAGGACCAUGGGAAAUGCAGUUCCAGGUUGUGGAUGUUGUGGGCUCAAAUUUGGGAACAGAAAAGGGAGGGGCUGGGGAUAUGAUAAAACUUUCUUGCAUAACAUAAUAUAGCUUGAGUGGAGCUGGGCAUAUAAGGACUAGUUUUGUACUCUGUGUGUUGGUACUACUUUUUGAUAGUGGUUAAAUCACAUUACACUGUAUCAAUCAAACUCAUUGUACCUUCAGUUGAGAUCAAUGUUCUUUGUUAUUCUACCUAUUGGACCACUUUACCGUAUAGAAGUAAUUACCUGCACUGUUUAUUCCAUCGCCCAUUUUUCUUUUCUUUAACUGAAGGGUGCGUUGACUGACCGUGGAUGUCCAUAGGUAUGAAAAAAAUGAAGGGUGAAAGUGAAAAAUAUGAUGGAAGAGUGAAUCUCUGGGCUAUGUAGCUUUUCUUUUCUAGCCAGGUUCUUUAGAGCUGUUUUAAUAUGAAUGCCUGUACGUGACUAACACAAGUCAAAGGCCAAGCACAGACAGAUUACAUUGGGUGGACAUGCUCAGCAGGUGGAUGAGAGGAGGGGCCAGGAUGAGUCUAGGUCAAUUCCCAUGAUGCAUUAUUCAUCUAGUUUUCAUCAUUAGCCAAGGUUGACCAUUUUGUGAGGCACAUUGUGUUAUGGGAAGAAAGAAGAAAGGCCUCCCAUAACAGCUGAGACCCACAGACUCACCUCUUUACCUCACUUUAAAGAGCUCCUACUUUUUUUUUUUGGCCCCAGUCUUUUUCUACUAAAGAUUCUCUACUGGCUCAUCUUUUCUACUGAGCUGACAGGUUGGGCUGUUUAGCAAAACGGUUUCCCCUCGCAUCCACACCACCUUCAGUUUACCGUCUCCUGCAAGGCUGUCUGCCAUCGCUAACAUCUUUAGGUCAGUGAAGCCUCAGCAGCUAACAAUGUUAGCCACCGGAGUAGGAAUGUGUUACACAGCAAAGCAGACUGCAGUCGGAUCCAGUCGCUUAAGAGUCACUGCCGGGGUAAAUUGGUGAUCUUCAAAACAGACAGAGAGAGGAAUACCCUGGAUGGCAAGCCUAUUGUGCUCAUAUAAGAUCUGUAUGCUGGCGCAGAGAUGCUACUUGGUAAGCUGAAACGCUUGUCUCCCUGUUUUCCCUUCACUAAAGUGUAGAUGUGUGGAGGCCUCUGUUGUGAGAAUACAUCCUGCCCCUUUUGGCUCGCUCACAGGCACUGUGCAGUCAUUCAAAAUAAUGAGUGCAGACUACUGUUACCCCAUAUAACACUGCAGCAGAUAAGUUGGAUGGGGGGAUAAAAUCUAGUCUGUCAUAGGGAGUAUUGCUUUUUGGAAUAAGAUUUAAAUUGAAUAAACUAAUUACAUCUGUUUGCUCCAGAUUGUUUCUCUGGAUGAAAUGAACUGCCAGGGUUUGAUCUGGGGUUUAAACAAAAGACAGAUUCCAAGGCUAUUAUCACACAUGGGCCAGACAAAAGUGUGAAUUUCAUGAUCUGGGGAAAAUCCAUCCUGUAGGUCUGUUGGCAUUGUAUCGACAGGCCACAACCUAGCACUCUGCUUGCCCGUUUCUGAUUGCAGACACACACACAAACAUAUGCAAAUGAGCAUGUGUGUGCUAACACCCACACACACACAUCCAUGGGCUAAGUAAUUAGGCCUGGGCUUUCCAAGUGUUUUGGUAUCUACUCAAGAUAUUGUAUAUAGACUAACAACCUGAUUGCCUGCACUUGGACUCAAGAUUUAUUAUACCCAUAUAAAAAAACCUACAUGACCUUGUGUUUUGUAACCCAAGCAAAUGGUUGAAAUACAUUUCACAAGAUGUGGAGGUGAACUUUGGAAGAAAAUUAAAUGCUGAUAUUGGUUGAAUUGUUUACUGACAGUGAGUGUUGAGAACAUUUUGAUAACAGCAAAAAUCCCUUCCAUGCAAGACAAAGUAAUGAGCAAGAAGGUCUUAAUUGUUAUUUUAAAAUAUACAACAAUGGUGUAACUUUCAGCCUUGCUGGGAUCAGACUGCGUAUCAUCAGGCCAGUUAUGGCCCAACCCAGACUCAGACUUGCAGACUAACUCUGGCAUACUUCUUGACAUUGCAACAAAAAGGCUAGCAUGUCAUUUUCUGCCUUCUCUCACCUUAUUUGACAACUUCUAUGAUGUGUUCAUUUCAGUAAACCCGUUACCAUUUUUAAUCACCCUCGGGUAAGGAUAAUUAUUUCAGAUUCAUGAAUGUUGGUGAAUUGUCACCCUUUGCACACAUAUGUAUGCUGUGCACCCAAACACUCACUGUCUUUCUACCAACUACAAAAGAAAAAGACAAACCACAGAGUAACAAUGAAUGUUACCAGGUUCACUUUCAAUCAUAGAUGUUAAAAUAUGUCAACAUUUGUUGCUGGCCUAUGUAUGUCGUGCAAGUCAUGAAAUACCGCAAGCUAUGAUUGGUCAGGCUGCUAUGUGUAGUCCACCAUAUCACUUAGCUGUAGUCUGACAUCUCAAAAGGCAGUGUGUAGUCUGAUCCGAGCAUGAGCCACAAUCUACCUGCUUACCAUCACAUUUGGCGUUGACAUUUCACUUGGAUUCAUGUGAAAUCCAUUUGACAAAGAAUAUUCUGGGUCACAGCAUACCUGCGUUUUUGUCAUUUUACAUUAUAAGGCACCCAUAAACCUUUUGCCAGAUUGCAGUAGCCUUUAAAAGAAAAAUGAAAUACAACUGGUCAGGUCUUGUCAGGCCACACAAUAUGGGUAUGCAGACAUUAUUGUGUUGUUGUGAAAAAUACAAUUGGCUCUAAAUUCCUAAAUUCUGUUACAUGCUGCUGGUAAAAAGGGACAUAUUACAUAUAAAUAUCACAGGGACUGGGAUAGUACAUUAGUCAGCACCUGCCCAAUUCAGGCACUUCUCUCCAGAGAAAUGACACAGGGGUAAAGAAAGGGCCACCUGUUGAAUUAAACAUGUAAUUGCACUGAUGGGUAAAUAGUCAAGCAAUUACAGGACCAUGCUAAGUAGCUGACAGCUGAGGAUGAAUGCUAAUUAAUAACUUGCCAUGAUUAUGAUAGGUGAUAAAUGCAAGCCAACUGUAGCGUGAGAAAAGUGCUGGUCAGUACCUGACAUAUUUGAAAAUAAAAAUGGAAAUUGGUAGAAGCUGUUUUGAACUUAGUGGCAAUUGCUAAGAUUUACCUUGUGUGGUGAGUACAUAAAUAUAGAACAGUCCUAGAUUUCUCAUACAGAACACGCAGUCCUGCCAGCUUGCUUAAGGAUGUAAAACUAGACAGACGGACGAGAAGGUGCUGCAAUGACUCAUGAAAUCAAGGGUUAUAUAAGUGAGGAAAUGCAUUAAAUAGCUUUAUCGUGCCUAACAACUGACAGAGGAGAAGCUUGGCAAUCGAAGCAAUUUAAAACAGUAUAAUUAGUGAAACUUCUGAAAGUAAAAGCAUAGGAUGACCUUCACCCCCCUGAAGAGAAGCAUUAGCUGCGUUGCUUGAGAAACCUAAUGACAGCUUAACUUCACUAAUAUCACUGAAACUUACAUAAGCAGGACAGACAGAGAUUGAUGAAAUCAUGAGCUAGCUGCACAAAUUGAGAGGCAGCUACUGUAGACCUUAGCAUGACUGAUUGAAACACUAGCAAGCCGCUGUGUCCCUGGUGAUUGAGAAGGUGUGAAAAAGAUUUCAAAUACACAGUACCUCAAAAAGGAAGGACUGGAAGGAGCCACUCACUGACUGUGGAGGGAAGACCCAGCACCUUUUAUGAGACGGAAGCACUUGCUAGCCAUUACUAGUGGCUGACUGCAAAAAAAAAAGUGAUCAAUAGCGUGUCAGCUGAUAAACUGCAUAACAGGCUACCAGAGUCAUAGCACAGUGCCCCUACUUAACAAACUCACAUAAAUACAGAUACUACAUACGACAUUACUCAUUGCUCUCUGGCAGCCAUAUUGGAAGACUUAUUUCAGCCUUUUCACCAUUAACACUUACUAGUUUUGUGCUAACAAGUUAACGUGUCAGCUGGAUUACUGGAUUAGUGGUUAGCUGUUUCUGUCUUCUUGUUAACACAUAAAUACAUGUGGCUAUCAGCUGGAUAUUGAAGGUGCUCUGUGAAGUUUUCAUUAUUUUGUUUAACCAAUGUUUCCUACAAAAAAAGUUACUUUGCUAUGACCUAACAAACAUAUCGAAUGCAUUCCCUACCUCAUAAAACAUUUGAAAAGCUUUUCUAUGUGAAUGUUUGGAAACUUCCAUUGUUUUCUUAAGCUUUCCCUCUUUUUCCUAUUCCUGUAUAGUUGGUACAUUAUUGUGCAUUGCCUUCCCCAACUGUCAGUAUGCAUUUCUGGCGCCUGCAAUUGUAGGUCACGCCACCCCCAUGCUCUUGACGAACUUUUGCAUUUGUAUGCACGUGCUGGUAGAGCAAAAGAUGCCAACAACUUUCCCAUCAAACCAUUUCUCAGCAGAACCACUAGUGGUCAAAAACUCCACAGGGUACCUUUAAUGUUGAUGUUGCUUGCAUUGUAAAAACCUCAGCUCACACUUAAAUUAAAACAUAUGCUUUCGAGUAAGGGCUAGGACUUAACAGACUAGGGCUAUCACCAGUUUCUGAUGAGUAAACUAAAAUUGAAAGAAGUAUUCCAUAUCAUAUAACCGAUUUUAACCCUUCCUGAAAGGUAAGAGCAGAUGAGCAAUAUUGUCGUUCACAAACAUGUCUUUGAUUUCAAGAUCUCAUAUUAUUCUUAUUCAAGGCAAUGGCAAUUAACACUCAUGUUUACACUGUACAUGUAUAACCACAAGCUCAUGCACUGUGGAUGGAAACACUGACUUGGUCAAAUUGCCACUAUAAACAGAGGUCUUAAAAUACGACAUAUAUUUCAUAGUUUAAAACCCAUCCACCUGAAUUAUUCAUGAGAGACUAAAUAUAUACACAAAAAUCAGAGGGCAAAAGCUGCACUUGCCCAUGAAAGAAUGAACUGGGAAAGGUGGCGAUUGGUUUUGGGGCUGCCAUAAGCAAGUGUUCACCAAGUAUGCAUGGUUUCCCCAGGACUUUAUUCUUGUCAAAAUGGAAAACUUGGAUUAGCCUUUACACUGUCAUGGGACACUAAAACUCUCCACUGAAACCCAGCUUGCUUAAAUUAUUUUAAAAGCUCGUUUUAAAGGAGGGGUACCUACCCUUCGAUAAAAGGAACAUUAGGCCUUUAAACUAAGAACUAAUAACAAUAAACCAUGACUGGAUAGUUAAACAAGCAAAUAAAAUAUAAAAGAAGCUCAUAUUUAAUUGCAACUUUUAUACUGUUUAUAUGCUGCGGCACUUUUAACAGGGAACCUUAUGACUUUUUAUCUGAGGAGAAGGGUAUACCUUUUGUUUAAGUUCAAUGGCCCAUAAAAACAUAAACAUACCCCCCCCCCUUUUUUUUUUUAAAUUUACACCUUUUUCAUAUUUUAUCUCUGGUUCAUGACUGAAUUUCCUCAAGACUGGAGGACACUAAAUGGGUGCAGCAUGCAGCAGGAGUGUGUUCCUUUGUGUUUGGUGAAACACACAUCUUUUCAAAAGACAGAAUCCAUGGCAUAGUUGUAAACCGUAGAGCCCUUAUUGAGUGCAUUUACAUGGAAAUCCAUAUGCUGAUAUUGUUCAUCAGUUAAAACUAUACUCCACUGUCAAUAACUGAGGCUUGUACACAUGGAUCAGUGUUUAUUUCUGUAAUGUGUGCCUAAUUUCUGUGUUGAGAUUUUUACUUUUCUGUUUAAUUUAUUUGUCAUAUGACAUCUGGCUUGUCCUGAAUAAGACUUGAAUUUGGAUUUAUUGGCUGUGUGCUUGUAAGUGCACUACAUCUGAAACAACAGAGUGCAUAUCCAUAUGGCAGAUAUAAGAUAAAAGUCUGAGUUGAGAAUGACUCCCAUCCUAUGUCACCCUCCUUUAAAACUGUGUGUCCAUCAUUCAAAGAGGGAUACUCCGAACAAAUCCAGGUAGCAUUUCUUCAGUCAUUUCUGUUGAAUCCCAACUGCAGUAUGUUUCAGUGAGCCAGUCUAGCAGGGUGAGAAUGAAUCCACGCCGUUUGGGACUGAAGACCGUUAAGAAACCCUGUUCUAGGGGGAUGCUUCACUUUUGUUCCAGUGUAAAUCUGCCCUGACUGUGGUCGACAGUCAGCCUGUGCUGUAGUGUACGGGACAGACAGGGAGGGGAGGAACAAGCACUGCGAAUGAAUGUAACGCAACGUGCCAUUUUCUAAACUCAAAUCGCAGCAGAAACUUCAACAACCAAACCCUCAGUUUCAUCCUGAGAGGUUUUUGCUAGCAGUCUGAAAACUAAAGGUGGGUUUGUUCUUUGAAUGCCAUGUGAAACAGGUGGCACUUUAUGGGCUGGUCUGGCAUUUGUAAUGUAGAUUAUUUGUCACUUGUCUUUCUUUCUGGUUAAAUAGUAAUUACUCUUCUGGAGCACAAUAAAUGAUUUUAAUAUGC